CGCAGAGCAUGAGCUUUGCUCGCUCUGUGUGCGCCACUGGGGCAACGGCUGCAUGCCAGAGUUUUGGUACAGGGCCAAGGCAUCCUUGUGCUCCAGUCUAGCCCAAAAGACGCAUCGCUAAGACCUCUUGCUGGUGACAAAUGAUUGCACACUACUGCGGUCGUGCUCUGCGGCGCCUCACGACGCUGCCACGGCACUUCGCGUCGUCGACGUCGCUGCCCGUCGACGACGGGUGCGGCCAAUGGCCCGUAGGCGUCGGCAGAGGGUCGAAAUCGCCGGGCUACAGCGGCGUGCACGACGUCGGUGGUAUAGAAUCACUGCUGGCCGUGAGACUCGACACGCGCGAGCGACCCUACGAUUACUGGGAGCGGACGACGCAUGCGCUCUUGGUUACGCUGAUCGGCAAGCGGCAUCUGACCGUGGACCAACUGCGCCGUGCGGUUGAGCAACUCCACCCAGAGCACUACGCGGCGUUCGGCUAUUAUGAGAAAUGGGCCGCCGCGAUGGCGCAGCUCGCCGUCGAAUCUGGGCUCAUCCAGAGCGGCGCGCUCGCGGACCCAGUACGAGACCCGCCGCCGGCCAAAUUUCACGUCGGCGACACGGUCGUGGUCCGCGAGGAGGUGCUUGCUUCGCGGUGGCGGAAGCCACACCUUCGAGUCCCGGGGUACGCCUUUGGUGCAAGCGGCGUCGUCGAGCGCGUCUGUGGCGCCUUUAGUGACCCCGAGACCCUCGCCUUUUCGCGGCCGGGCGAAGAUGUGCCGAAACAGAAUUUAUAUCGCGUCCGCUUCGAGUCCGCCGCGCUGUGGCCCGAGGCGGCGGCGUCGUCGACGGACACCGUCGACGUGGAAGUCUACGAGAGCUGGCUGGCGGCGGCGCCGACCGCGCAUGACCACGAUCACGAGCAUGAGGACGAGGGACCCUACACGCCCGCGCGGCGCCUGGCCGAUCAAUUACUAGAUGCGUUGGUUAUGGAGGGAGUCGUGUCGCGCGAGGAGCUGCGGCAAGCCGUCGAGCGCCUGGACGCGAUCGGUACGCAGCAGGAGGGACCGCGCCUGGUCGCGCGCGCGUGGGUCGACCCAGACUUUCGGAAUCUGCUCCUGCGGGACGCGACGGCCGCGGCGGGGGAGCUCGGCAUCGCGGCGGUGAACUCCACCGCACCCACAGUCUUGACGGCCGUCGAGAACACGCCGUCGGUGCACAAUCUGAUUGUGUGUACGCUCUGCUCCUGCUAUCCUCUGAGCAUCCUGGGCCUCUCGCCGCCGUGGUACAAGUCCCGCGUCUUUCGCGCGCGCGCGGUGCGCGAGCCGAGGCGACUCCUGAGCCAGGAGUUCGGGCUGGCGAUACCGGACGACGUCGCCGUGCGCGUGCACGACUCCACCGCGGACCUCCGAUACAUCGUCCUCCCGCGGCGACCGGCCGGGACCGAGGGCUGGUCGGAGGCGGACCUCGCCGCCCUCGUCACGCGGGACACGAUGAUCGGGACGGCUGUGUGUAAUUAG